UUGGCUACUGAAAGUGUCUGUUUUGACAUAAUAUUUUGAGCAGGCGCGGAAACGCAUCCGGACUGGGCUGUGCUGUGAAGACCCGAGCCACCCGAUCGGUCCGCUAUGGCUGAGGUGGAGGAGACACUGAAGCGACUUCAGAGCCAGAAAGGAGUGCAGGGAAUCAUCGUGGUGAACACGGAAGGGAUCCCCAUUAAGAGCACCAUGGACAAUCCCACCACCACACAGUACGCCAGCCUCAUGCACAACUUCGUCCUGAAGGCCCGGAGCACCGUGCGUGAGAUUGACCCCCAGAAUGACCUCACCUUCCUUCGAAUUCGCUCUAAGAAAAAUGAAAUUAUGGUUGCACCAGAUAAAGACUAUUUCCUGAUUGUGAUUCAGAAUCCAACUGAAUAAGCCACGCUCUUGUCUCCACACAUCAUUCCUUAACUUAACGCCGCUCCCCCCACCCCAAGAAUAAUAGUGUUAAUCAUGUCAACUGACUGGCAGGUAGAAAUCACCGUAGAGCCCGUGCAGACCAGUCGAGUGCCCGAGGUGGGCUGCAGCCCCGCCCCGCCCCGCCAGCCACCCCCUGCUGGCCCGCCGCCCCUGCGCUUCCACGAGGGCCCUCUUUCCUCCAGUCCUGGUUUUGGAGCAAGAGCUUGUGAGAGGCCCACACCCUGCUUCCUUCUGACCUUCGGUUCACUUUCUUGCCCUUGGAAAAGGUGGUUUUUCUUUAACUAAAAAUAACUGAAACGUGCCCUGCUGUGCAUCUUUAUAAAGUCAAGGUUGGAAAGGCCUCUCGCCCGAAUCACCAUGUGGUCUGAAGGCUGGGCCGGCGCCGCCUCCAGCCCCCACCGCAGGUCGUGUUAGUGGCGAGAGGCCUGCUCCUCAAUGCGCCUGUGGCCAUGCUUGCGCUGAGCCUGGUUCUUAGUUGGUAUCCCUGUUUCUCGGUCUCUUAUCCCCAGCCAUCCGUUUUAUCACCCCUCCUGCCAAUGUUGUGAAAGAUAUUUUCUAUUACACUGCCCGGGGAAAGGAAAGAAGUAACGCUGUUGAGUACCCAGAAUGUACCUGCUGUGUUAUGUACCGUGGCUCAUACCAUCCUCAUGGUACCCUACAGACAAGGUGUCAAAGCCAUCUUAAAAAUGACGAAAUUGGGGUCUAGAGAAUGACUUGCGUGAGGUCAUCUAACACCUGGGAGCACAGGUCUUCGACUUCAAAGCUUGUGCUCUUUCUAUAUUGCCUUCCCAGGAAAUCCUGGAUGGUCUCAUUCACCUGAGGGAGCUCAUCCUGGGUGAACAUCCACCUUCCCUUAGAAUCGUGCGUGGGGGUCCCAGGAGGCGCCUGCUACUCUGGGAGGCUAGAGGUCACCCAUCACUUGGUAGCACUCUGGGAUUUUCCUCCAGAAAUCGUGCAUUUAUUUUUUUUAUUAGGUUUUUCUUUCUGUCUUUUGUUUCUUGUUACAGAGGGAAAAGAUACCUUGAAAUCCCUCUUCACUGUCCUCGCCCCAUAAGGAACCUCGUCUACAGUGUGAGUUCUGUCUAGCAAAAUACUUUUCUAAAUUUUCCAAUGAAGUUUCCUGAAACAGCAUCAGAGAAGAAAACAUGUACCCUUAGGAGUCUAGGGGUGUAUUGGGUUGGCCAAAAAAUGUAUGGUUUUUUCCAUAAAAUAAAAGACACAUUUUCAUUUUCACCAAUAACUGGACUGAUUUGGGAUUUGAGUAUGUCGGCUGUCUCCCGCUAUUGGCGUCCAGUGGGCAGAGGCCAGCGGUGCUGCUAAACGUCUUCCAAUGCAUAGGACAGCCCCCCAGCAAAGAAUUAUCUGGCCGAAAUAUCAACAGUACCAAGAGUCGCACGCCACUUUUGACACAUUCAGUCAGUCACAGCACCUUCUCCAUACACUGCACAAAUCUUGUUUUGCGUUUCAGUUGUGUUUUUACCUUUCUUGAAGUAAUAAAACAAUACACCAAAAAUGUUGCAUAUUCUC